ACGUCAAGCCGAACAGGCGAGCGAGGGAGAGCGUUAGCGUGUGCGUGUGUGCGCGCGCGCAUUUGUUCUAACAAACCAGCUUGCUGCAACGAAGAGUAUCUGGACGUCUCUGUGUGUCUCUGUCAUCCAGUUAUCCAGUCAGUUUUUCGUUCAGCCCAUAUUGGUCUUAAAUCGCUCUUUGUUUUUACCGUUACUAUUCUCGCCUGUUGCUUCCUCUUCUCCCUCCACGAACUUGGUGUACAGAGUGUUGAAUGAUGGGCUGCUAAACAAUUUGCACAUCGCUACAAAGUGAGUGAGUCUACUACUUUAAGCCCCGGCAGACAUGGGGAAGCAGAACAGCAAGCUUCGUCCUGAGGUGAUGCAGGACUUGCUGGAGAGCACCGACUUCACCGAGCAUGAGAUCCAGGAGUGGUACAAAGGCUUCUUACGAGAUUGCCCCAGUGGAAACCUGUCCAUGGAGGAGUUUAAAAAAAUCUAUGGCAACUUUUUCCCUUAUGGGGAUGCCUCGAAGUUUGCCGAGCAUGUCUUUCGCACAUUUGAUGCAAAUGGUGAUGGGACAAUAGACUUUCGGGAGUUCAUUAUUGCUCUUAGUGUGACGUCACGUGGCAAGCUGGAGCAGAAGCUAAAAUGGGCCUUUAGUAUGUACGACCUGGAUGGAAAUGGGUACAUCAGUAAAUCUGAAAUGCUGGAGAUUGUACAGGCUAUUUAUAAGAUGGUGUCCUCGGUGAUGAAGAUGCCGGAGGAUGAGUCAACGCCUGAGAAAAGGACAGAGAAGAUCUUCAGGCAAAUGGACACCAACAGAGACGGCAAGCUGUCCCUGGAAGAGUUCAUCAAGGGGGCGAAGAGUGACCCCUCUAUCGUACGCCUGUUGCAGUGUGACCCCAGCAGUGCCGGACAGUUUUAAAGAUGAGGCAUCAACUUGACUUAACUUGUCUUGGUGAUCCAUAAUGCCCUUCACUCUCCACUUUGGAGAAGACUAAUGAUGAAGAAUGUCAAGCAAGUGACGACGUGACGAAGACGACAGGCCUUCAGUAUACACUGAAGAUGUCAAAGCUGUGCACAACUCCCGACCCACUAGUAGUUUUUCUAAAUCCAGGCAAAUUCCAACUGCCUGACCUUCGAUUGGUUUUGAGAACCAAGUGAUAGCUGUCAACAGGCUCGUAGAGAAGAUUUCCACUCAAUGUAUAUACACGGGUGUUUCUGUAUCAGUGUCCUUGCUUGGCUCUUUGUGGACCCACACAGAGGCACAAAUGUGCAUUAUAGACAAGGGUGUUCAAUAAUGAGAACCCCAACCAUGUUCUGUAAGCAGAAGAAUUUUAUCUGCAGGGCAGACUUGUGAAGUAUUAUGUUUGACUUCUUCUUUGCUGCAUUGUGUGACAAUGUAUUUGGUGAAUUCCACAAAUUAGUGUUUCUUUGCAAAAACAAAAAAGAAAAAAAAACAACACACCCACAAUGAUAUGCUCAUUUGCCUUUACUGCACUUGCAAGAGCUCAAUGAAAGCAUGGUUUGAAUGUAAUUGAGUAUCUUGAAAAGGAGUGUUGGAUAAUUUCAGCUCUCUCCAGAUUUGGGGAAUGUAGGGGGUAGGGGGGAUUUGUAAAGCAGAUCCAUCCCAAGGUGAUUGUCAUCGUCUUUGUAUUCAUGCUUCUGUGCGAUUUCCAUCUUUAAAAAAAAAACACUUCACUCACUUCACUUUCGAUGUUUUGAAAUGCUGCAUGUUAGAUGGGAUCAA